GUUCAUCAGUUCAAUUUUGUCUCGACAUGGGGAGAUCCGCACCAUAUGGGACUCACUGGAAUCGAACCUCUGGGACCUAAUCAAGAAUCCAUUCCUCUUUCAUACAGCAUGUUGAAGGUAAGAUACGAUGCAUUGUAAAGCAAGAGAAAGAACUGAAGGAGUAGAAGAAUAUAACAAGCUUCUUAGUACUUGAGUCAUUGAAAAGACUGAGUGUUGGCGUCGGUUAUAUGAAUGGAUAUAGCGAAUUCGUCUGGAAAGGACUGAGCACUCAUUCUUUUAAUUUUGGUUGCACUCGCAACUUAUAAACAAACAGUGGUAAUUUGUUAAGGGAAACUAAGGUCGCAGUGGAAACGAUCUUCCUUUAACAUAUAACUUAACUCGAGAAUCGAACAAUACGUUGACGAAUAGAUAUAUUGUUUCUAGUCUAAAGUGGUUGUUAACGUAUUGAAAUGAAAACUAAUAUUGAAUUUGGCAGGAAUAAGAGGACGCCUUUUUUACCAAUCGUCCUGAUGUCUGCAAAACGUUUCAAUUUUAGUUUCCAAUAAGAAUAGGAAACUCGAGAAAAUGUUUAUUUGGAUGGGUCAUUGGGUUGUCCUUUUUAUGCCCAAAACUUCCUUGCUGGAUUGAGAACACCGGGAUGACUUGGUUCUUUUCUACAAAGAAGAACGCGAGAAUUAGUUCCUAUUGUACAUAUAUCAAAGUGUUUGUGUCUAAAAAUUGGUGUUCAAAUGAUUUUUUCCCUAAUUUAUCUCCCAAGGCGUCUCCAAGAGAUCUUAAUGACCUUCCUGAAUAUGAAAAUGACGAUAGAACUCUUGAUAAGUAAGUAUUCGGGUCGAUUUGUUGAAGCCUUUGAAAACAAGCUGGUUUAGUGUCACCUUACUGACCUGGUUACAAGCUUUACCUUUGCUUUUAUUUAAUUAUUUUUACUGGAUUGCUCCGGUAUCACAACUUAAAUCUCCGUGGAUAUACUUCUUGAGUACUUAAUGGCAUACCAGUUCGUAUAAAUCCGGGAACGGAAUUUUCUUGGUUUUUCCCGUACCUUCGUCUUGAUUAAAGUUUUGAUUGUUGCCCCAAAAGAUUAAUAAAUGGAACAAACGUGACAAUGAGUGAUGAACACAUGUGGCUGAUACCAUUCACUGAUGGGCAGGAUCAUCUUCUGACAAUAGACCUGAGACACACCACCCCUUUGGUGGGAUUCAGAGUUUGGAACUACAACAAGUCCACAGAUGACUCCUUCAGAGGGGUAUGUAUUUCAUUGACAAAUUUCAUUGACCAACUUCUGAAAAGCAAGUGGAGCAACCUUUGCGCAAAGACAUGCAGCUGGAACAGGAAUACAGAUGAUACGUGUCUCUCUCUAUGCCAAGUUUUUUUUUUUAUAUCAUGAAGUCUGUGAUUGCUAUUUUGUAAGUUUACUUAUGCUUAUUUUUAUUGUUCACAGGCCAAACAAGUUCACGUUAAGCUCGAUGAUAGGAAUAUUUCACCACCUGAGGGAUUUCUCUUGAGAAAAGGUGAACCGAUUGUCUAAUAUGGAACACAUUUCCACAAUAUUUAUGGACGUUCUUUCGUCUAACAUCUUUAUAUUUUAAUGACAUUUGUUUUUCAGGGCCGGGUAAUAUGCAUUUCAAUCAUGGGCAGGAUGUUUUCUUUAUUAAAAUGGCAAGAGGAUAUGCAGUGCAUGGUACUUCGACCAAGGACGUGGAACGCAGGUGCAGUUAUAGUUUCUUUGCCACUGUUAAGGAAUUUGCUUUUUUAACGGUGUGAAAGUAACGAGGCGUAAUGCAUUGUUAAGUGUCUUUUAUUUCCGACGUUUACUGUUUUCUGGUCAGUUGUGGUAGUUGUUUUCACAUCGUGCGCAGUAAAUAGUUGUUUUUCACCUUCGUUAUUCCUACUGAUUCAGUUGAAAUGAUGCCAAUGUUUUCUUUAGAAAGGUUAUUUAGCAAAAGGGUGUAAUUAACCACCGACACCAAAGCUUACCGACAGUGACCUCAAGCUCUUUCGAAAGAUCGAUUUCUAUUCGUUAUAUGCACCGAAGGUUUAACCCAAACUGAAACUUAUCGACACCAAAGCUUACCGGCAGUGACCUCAUGCUCUUUUGAAAGAUCGAUAACUAUUCGUUACAUGCACCGAAGUUUUAACCCAAAAUAAACCUUAUCGAAGCAAGAUAAGCGGGAUACACAAUCAUCACUUGAUAUCGAAGCGUUGUUAUUUACGUUCCAUGUGUUUCCUAUUUUGUGAUCUUACUCUGAUUUAUUCUGUCUUUAGAUCUGAAAGCAGGGUGAAUUUAAAAAAGCUUAUGCCAGACUAUGAACCAACGUUAAUGCCUUGUGGCUGUAUCCUUCUAGUACAUAGACUGAUCAACCAAUAAGUAGUUCAAACAAUACAUUGGCAAUUUUCUCCGUUAACCUAAGCAAACGUGUUUGUCAGUAUAAUGGCAUUUUCUCUAUAUCAUUAGCUUCAAAAAGGGAGACUUUUUGUCAGUAACAGUUACGAUUUCAAAUUUUGUCUUACUUUGAGCGGUUUUGUUUCAUUCAGUUCGUUCAGGCAGAUUUGAGACAAAUGUCGAAAUGUCGAAAUGUCUCAAUGCUCAACUGUUAGGUAAAUCAAUUAUUCCUUACUUAAGUGCAGUUUUUACUGUCCCGUUUUCUGAAUGUGCAAUAAUAACAGAAAAGUUUUAAUAUCAUAAGCCACUUCGCUGCCCCUCCCUUGUAAUAAUUGAGGUAGUGAAUAUGGACCUUUUUUCGGGUAAAACACAAUUUUGUCUCAAUAUUAAGAGGACAAAAUAGAUUACUGCCUGUGAAUUACUUUUCCUUCACUUGUUACCAGUCGUAUUUCAGUUUCAACUGUUUUCCACCUGGGGAGAUCCUUACUACGUCGGUCUUAACGGCCUUGAAUUUUACGAUGAAAAUGGCUACAGACUACGCCUUACGGAAAACAACAUAACCGCGCAUCCUCACAGUGUGAACGUUUUACCAGGAGUGGUAGAUGAUAAAAGAACUCCUGACAAGUUGAUAGACGGUGUGAAUGACACUUACGAUGGAAGGCACAUGUGCUUGGCUCUCAUCUUACCGGGAUUGGUGAGGACCGUUUGUGUUAGUAGUUAAGUGUCACACACUCAACAGCAACGGGCAGAUGAGAACUCCCGACGUAGAUACAUGCAUGUGAACGUGACUUCAUUGCGUGAAAUCCCGUGUGGCAAAGUCACGAACUGGCUUUAAUUUUGCGUCCCAUUAUAAAGAACGUGGCACGAGUUUCUAUUUACAGAGCGACCUGAAGCCAAAUAAAUGCAGUUGGGGAAUGUUUUCGACAGCUUACAACAUGCAUAUUUUUUUGCUAAAUGAUUCCGAAACCAUACUCAACAAGAAAAAAAACUUGUUAGGAAAAUACGAUGCUCAUCGUGAUGAUUCUCUGAGAUCAUGUGUACAUACUCUACACUAAGCUUUUAAAAAGUUUCAGUUUUCUGAUCUUCGUUUUCAGAUCAAUUUGAUUUAUGUGGUGUUCGAUGAGCCCGUAACAGUUUCCAUGGUAAAAGUUUGGAAUUACAGCAAAACACCGAUCCGAGGAGUUCAGCAGUUUGGGGUAAGACUUGUAAUAACACUCUAAGAAUAUGAUUGUCAUUCCAAUUAUGGUUUGAAAAAAGUUCCUUUCCCUAGUCGUGUCCAUGGACAGUUGCUCGCUGUCACCCAUUACCAAGGAAUAGAACUAACAGCAAAAUGUAUCGCUUAAGAUGCAUUUGUUCAGAAAUUUUGACCGAGGAAGAAUAAUGACACAAAUAACUUUGGUCAUUUGUCCCAGCUUUGGCUUUUUCAAGGCUCCGAGGGUCGUGGGAGAGGCUGGGAAAGUCAAGAAUUUCCGUUUUCUAACUUUAAGAUCAGAAAAUGUAUGAAUGAGAUGUGGGUAACAGAAAGUCAUGGAAAUGGACUAAAAUGUUGGGAGGAGGGAACAAAAUACUGGGUCGUGGAAGUCAUAAAAAAUGUAACAGGUCAAGUUAUAGAAUUGUAGAAACUCCAAAGAAUACGAAUACCCCGUUUUUUGUACACACUGUUUCAGUUUUGGGAAAUACUAUUCGCCUGGUCAUACGCUGCUAGAAAUCUUAAAAUCCCUGUCAUAUGUGCUUGAUCUGAAUUUGACGUUGUUGUUUUGUUAGCUGUAGGUCGAUGACUUGUUAGUGUAUCAUGGUAUCUUACCACAAGUCCCGGCUGUAACCAAAGGAAUUCUUGAUCUGAAUUUGUUGUUGUUGUUGUUGUUGUUUGUUAGCUGCUAGUGGAUGACUUGUUAGUGUAUCAUGGUAUCCUACCACAAGUCCCGGAAGUAACCAAAGGAAUUGUUGAUCUUAAUUUGUUGUUGUUUUUUGUUAGCUGCUAAUGGAUGACUUGUUAGUGUAUCAUGGUAUCCUACCACAAGUCCCGGCUGUAACCAAAGGAAUUCUUGAUCUUAAUUUGUUGUCGUUGUUGUUGUUGUUUUGUUAGCUGCUAGUGGAUGACUUAUUAGUGUAUCAUGGUAUCCUACCACAAGUCCCUGCUGUAACCAAAGGAAUUCUCCCCAACAUAGACAUGCCUACUCCACACCACACGAUACUGUUCACUGAUCACGAACAGAUCGCUCUUGCGGAACGCAAAAAUAUUCUCAGGUGAGCCAGGUGAAACCUGUCAAUGACCAGCGGUGUACAUGAAAUAAACACUACAGUUGGUAUUAUUUCCGUCGCAGAACUUGUCAGGAUGGUCAAAAUGUUAAUUGUCCUCGGUAUCGUUUUUGGUGUUUGUUCUGACACUAUACGCACAUAGAACUGUGCUUGUGUCUCUGUUAUGUCAUUCCCAACAACAACAACAUUGAAUAAGUACUGGGAAAAUUUAAUAGUGUAUGUGUGAAAGGAAAUUAGUUUAACAAAAAACGCCCAACGAAACAUUAAAAAAAUGCAAAAUAAGAUGAAUAUGGGCAAUUUGAAGGCUAAGGGCGCACGCUUUGUCGCGAGAAAACAAAUUCAACGUAACUUUCAUUUUCUCUCAGGGAACAGAAGCGUUUAUUGUAGCUACAACGGUGUCAUGUAGUUAUUCAUGUGCGAAGUACUUGUCUCCGUCAAGCACUUUUAUGUACUAAAUCUUGAAAAGUCUCGCGACUGUUAUUUGUCUGUUUGUUUGUUUGAGCGGUUUUAUUUUAGCAACAAAGGAGGUGAACAAGAUGUCCAGCUGACAAAUGUUAAAAGAAUUGUAUGUCACUAUAGUGAUCCAAAGUCAGCCGGCAAAGUCGUCGAUCCUGGUACGUAACACAGACAGGUAGAUUGAAAUAAAAAGGAUGGUAAAUUUAAUAUGGGAAAACUUCCAUUUAUAAUUUAGAGCCAAGAUAAUUCAGGUUAGCUCCAAAAAGGUUCUCUCAUGGGUGUGGUCCUCUCAUUAUUUAUGUUAACUCUGUCCACGAAAAAACCCUCUCCAGCUCAUCGGAGUUCUCUUGAGGUGCCUGAUUUUGAAUUGCGCUUGAAUAAGCUUUACCUGACUCUUUAGUAUAGACGUUUUCUCCACUGGCUCUAACAAUAUAAAUGCCUGCUUUGUAAAAUUUAAAUGUGUCUUGCACAUCGGCACUGUUCCCUUUACAUCUUCCUUUAUAUGCAAUAGCUGAUUGCUGUCUUGCUUUAUUUUCAGCUCUGCGGCCUAUGACAAGUGUUCCAGCUCUACAAAAGAAAAGAUAG